AUGUCGUUAGCCGAUGAAUUAUUGGCGGAUUUGGAUGAAGACGAAGGAAUUAUCGAAGCAAAUGAGCAAGAAAAUCUCGAGGGACAACUGGAGGAAGUUGGUGAACAAUUCCCAAAUAUGAAUAUUUAUGAUCGAGUCGAUGCAGUCGCUAAAUUAGCUUCAACUCAAAAUUAUAAGGAUUUGAUAGCAAAAAUGGAGGAACAACUUAAUUUGGAAGAAAUUCCUCCCGUAAGUAAGCCAUUGGAAGCUGAUCCACAGUAUAAGUUGAUUGUUCAGCUAUCAAGUUUGGCGGCUGAUAUUGAUCAAGAAUUGAAUGUUAUCCACAAAUUUGUUCGAGAUAAAUAUGAAAAACGCUUUCCUGAACUUGAAUCACUUGUUCCCAAUGCAUUGGAAUAUUUGGCUACAGUGAAAUUGCUUGGGAAUGAUAUUUCAACGAAAGGGCAAAACAAACAAAUCUUAAGCGAAAUCUUGGCACCAGCAACGUGCAUCGUUGUUAGUGUGACAGCUUCUACCACUCAAGGUAAGGCAUUGGACGCAAAUGAAUUGAAAGCGGUUCAAGAGGCAUGCGAUUUAGCUGAAAAGCUGCAUACUGAUCGCUUAAAUAUGUACCGCCUCGUAGAAUCAAGAAUGACACUCAUAGCUCCCAAUCUCUGCGAGAUUCUCGGUGCUGGAACAGCGGCCAUGAUCGUUGCGAAAGCUGGAGGCUUAGCUCCAUUAGCUCGUCUUCCUGCUUGCAAUCUUUACGUGCUAGGCGCGCAGAAAAAAACCUUAAGUGGUUUCAGCACAACCGCUAUUCUUCCUCAUGCUGGAAUUUUAUUUUUCCAUCCAAUCGUCCAAGGCGUACCACCAGAUUUUAGACAGAAAACUGCUCGGUUACUGGCCACAAAAACUACCUUAGCAGCUCGUAUUGAUUCACUUCAUGAAUAUAUAGAUGGUAGUGCUGGUAAAAAUCUAUUUGAACAAAUAAAACAGAAGAUCGAAAAGAUGCUAGAACCUCCGCCAGUCAAAAUAGCGAAACCAUUACCAAAACCAUUGGACAAAUCAAGCAAAAAACGAGGUGGUCGGCGUGUACGAAAAAUGAAAGAACGGCUAGGAAAAUCCGAAUUGCGUAAGAAAGCAAAUCGUAUGAAUUUUGGUGAAUUGGCUGAAGACGUUAUACAAAAUAAUGUGGGAUUUUCACUAGGACAAGCAAUAAGUGGUGGAAUCUCUGGUGGUCGUAUCAGAACUGCAGUUGUCGAUCCGAAAACUAGAGCAAAAAUGUCACAGAAGUUGCAAAAAUCGAUGGAACGACAACGUGCGAUGGGAGGUGUAACAUCAGUUCGCUCGCGAAAUACAGCUGGAACAACAUCAAGUGUUACAUUUACUCCUGUUCAAGGUUUAGAGAUCGUGAAUCCAACUUUAAAACAAGAACGAACUGGCUCAUCUUCCACAACAUAUUUUUCGCCUUCAGCAACUUUUGUUAAAGUUCAAACUCCUGUUGUUCAUCGUUGA